UCCACCACAAAUGCCGUCCCCAUAUGGAUAUCAACAACCGCCACCACCUAAUCCAGGAGGUUUCUACGGCGGUCCACCUCCACCUCAACACAGUCAAGUACCACCAGCAGCUCAUAGUCCAGCUGGGUACGCUCAUUCUCGCGGUGCACCACAACCACCAUCUGGAAUACAGCACGCUUCGACUCCUGGAGGUGGCCAGAUAGACUACAGAUACUCACAAGGAACAGGAAAGAGAAAAGCACUCCUAAUUGGUAUAAAUUACUACAACACACGUUCUCAACUACGCGGUUGUAUUAACGAUGUUAAGAAUGUCCAGCGUUUCCUAUUAAAUUGGGGGUACAAACCAGAAGAUAUGGUUAUCUUAACUGAUGAUCAAUCAAAUCCAAUGUCUAUGCCAACCAGGGCUAAUAUUACAAGAGCUAUCGGCUGGCUUGUAAACGGUGCACAACCAAAUGACAGUCUCUUUUGGCAUUAUUCUGGUCACGGUGGACAAGCGAAAGAUAGAGUUGGUGAUGAAGCAGAUGGUUACGAUGAGACCAUUUUACCAGUUGAUUACAAAACUGCAGGUCAGAUCAUAGAUGAUGAGCUCUACGAUCGUAUGGUAAGACCACUUCCAGCGGGCGCAAGACUUACUGCUAUUUUUGACUCUUGUCACAGUGGUACAGCACUUGAUUUACCAUAUGUGUACUCAACGAAGGGUGAAAUUAAGGAACAGAAUGGUCUGCAAGGAGCGGGCGGUAACCUCCUCAAUGCCGGUAUGAAUUAUGUGAGAGGAGACUCAGGAAGUGCACUCAAGACACUCUUCGGUAUGGGUAAAAGUGCAAUAAGAGGUAACAAAGCCCAAAAAUUGACAAUGCAAAAAACUCAUCCAGCUGAUGCGAUAUCACUUUCUGGUUGUAAAGAUAGUCAAACUUCAGCUGAUGCUAGUAUCGGUAUGACGAGCGGUGGUGCAAUGUCGCAUGCGUUUGUUACCGUAAUGUCUAAAUACUCUAACCUCUCAUACCUCGAUCUUAUUAAUGCAAUAAGAGAUGAAAUCAGUCGUUAUUCUCAAUUACCACAACUCAGUUCUGCUCAUCCAAUUGACCUCAAUCUGAGAUUCGUAGUCUAGAUUAUUAUUUUUGAAUUUUUGAAUCGAUGUUAUAGCUUAAUGUCAUACUGUACAGUAGUGAUAAAUUCUUCUUGCG